AUGGUGCAUCCAUCACUGCCGGGACACUACUUCCUCUAUGGUUGCUACCCGGACACGACAUUCCAAUUCAAUGACACAAGUAGCAGAUUUGCCAAAUACGCCAACUACACAGUUACAGAGGUGUCUAGCGAGGACUUUAUCAACGAGAUCACGACAAAGGGCACGAUGCAAGCCUUCAUGGACAUGACAACAUUAGAAAUGGACCUGAAAGAGAGAGGUGAAAAGACAAUCGAUACCUCAUCAGACUGCUGCUAUUCAAUCAACUCGAAGAAUUUCAACAAAACAUUCAGGAUACGAAGGGUAUCAAUCAGUCGCGAAAUACAAGUUCGAGAUGAAGAGGUGAUCCUUCGUCGCCACCAAUUCAUUCCAAUUCCCGUCAAUCGACCAAUAUUCGUCAAGACUGACGAUAUUGAGCACCAACCGUUUGGAUUCCGACUCGACUAUGACCUGCUCAUCAGCGAGCAUCCCGAGAUGCCAUUCAAAGACAAGGUGACAGGAAAGCUGUUGUUGCCCGAUGGUCAUGUGUUCUUGUACAAUCAGUUGUACGAAGGUGAUGAGGAGGAUGACUACCGUUUCAUUUCCAAACAUUGCCAGUUCAAUGACGAUAAUGAUAAUGAUAAUGACAUUAGUCAACUUGUGGACAACUUUGGAUCAGACUUUCUCUGUGGCAAGACCACAUACACCGACUCACGUGCAAAAUGCUCGGGUAUACAAUCAGCCAACUCCAACAUUGUCUCAUACAGCAAGGCAUUUGGAAGGAUCCAAAGAAGUUUGAUUGGUUACCCAUUCAUCUUUGCAUAUCCAAAGAUUGUGAAGAUUAGGAACACAUUUAUUCGUAACUUCCUAAAGUUGUCGCCAUCAAGGCAGGCUCACCUUGCCAUAUAUAGCCAUGAUGAGGAGUUGACACCACCAACAAUCGACAACAAAUCAGCCCAUGCCUGUGCCUACAACAUGCUCAUUGUGCGACCACAACUGAGGUCGAUGAAGCGACCAAUCAAAGUGCCCCCCUUGGUCCAAGCAAUACGGGACAAACCUGAUAUGGCGGCGCACUAUCCUCAGUACGAGUUGGAUUCAAAUCCCAGAAUUCCCAUGACACUUGACACAAUUCUGGUCCUCGCUGACAACAUCGACCUCCUCUUUCCAUAUGUGGAGCUCCAUUUUGAUGAGCCAUUCCCAACACCACUGGACAUCAUGCUGAGGUACUCGAGAUCAAGCAGAUGUAUCGAGAAUUACUUUGAGAACUACGAACAUUACUUUGAAUACAACCCGGCGGCCAAGCCCCUAUGGUCAUUGGCGCACAACGUCAUGGUGCCCAUCAAGAAGGACUUUGGAUCAAGUUGA